AUGAGUAAGUUGGGGUAUUGUUGACUUUGUAUCGGAACGAUCGAACCGUACAUAGCAUUGAAUAAUUGAUACAUCUAAGCUUAUCGCCGUGGACUGAUCUCAUAGAAUCACAUUUUUUAUUUUCUAAAUGGCUUUAUUGCCCCAACUGCUUAUUUUUAAAAGUAGUAUUUAUUUAUCUCCAUCCAAUCCCUCCUUGAAUUAACAGUGAUCUCAUUUCUCUAACUAGAUUCCUGAGCCUGAGGUCUGUGGCCUAUCGCCAAUUUACAAGACUGCUGUGGAGUUAUAUUGGUAGUUCCAGGCGAUACUCCUUGCCCUGUUGUGCCUACAAUAAAAUCAGGAAACAAUUUCCGAGUCAAAAUGGCCAUUAUCGUGGAUUCGAAGAUGAAGAAAAUGAAUAA